GUGCUUCAAUAGGACUUUCAAAUUUUGAAUAUUCCUAUUUAUUAAAUUCAUUUCUAAUAUCUGUAUUUAGCUUUCCACCAAGACAAAAAAUCACUGUAGCGUGAUUAGCACUUAGCUCACAACGAGAGAACAGGCAAAAGGAAAGAAUGAGAGAUUCUAUCGAUUCAUAAAGGAAAAUUGUACCUCUCCAAUUCUCUGCUUCCGUCAUCGUAGAUCCAUGAGAUCUUCAGCGGGAAAGCUUCUCUCCCAUUCUCUACGGAGAAACCGCGGGAAACUUGGUGAUGGAUUUUGGAUUCCGGCUACGAGGUCUCAGAAGAUGUGGAAUUCGACGGUACCGUCAGAUGAAAAUCCUGAUCAAAAUUCGAUCGAUGCAGGAUCUUCAAUGCGGAAACCAAUUAGCUUAUGGCCUGGAAUGUAUCAUUCUCCGGUGACUAAUGCGCUUUGGGAAGCUCGUCGUAAUAUGUUCGAAAUUCCUACCGGAGACGACGCUUCUCAGUCAAAAUUGACGGCUAAAUCUCCGUCUCGAAGCCGAACGUCAAUUCUCUAUAAGUUUUCUUCUGAUUUUGUUCUUCGAGAACAAUAUAGGAAUCCUUGGAAUGAGAUUCGUACUGGUAAAUUGGUUGAAGAUCUUGACGCUCUUGCUGGAACCAUCUCCUUCAAGCAUUGUGGUGGUGACAGCAGUGCGAGAUCGAUGAUUUUGGUGACUGCUUCAGUGGAUAGGAUUAUCAUGAAAAGACCUAUUCGUGUAGAUACUGACCUUAGUAUAGUUGGUGCUGUUACAUGGGUUGGUAGAUCAUCCAUGGAGAUGCAAUUACAAGUACUCCAAAUUCAAGAUACCAACAACUCCUCUGAGUCGGUUGCCCUUGAAGCAAACUUUACAUUCGUGGCUCGGGAUGCUCAGACAGGCAAGUCAGCUCCAAUUAACCAAGUCGUGCCAGAAACUGAGCAUGAAAAAUUUCUGUGGAAAGAGGCAGAAGAGAGGAACAAACUACGAAAACAAAAGAGAGCACAGGGUAAAGAAGAGCAUGAGAAGUUGAAGGACUUAGAGAGGCUAAAUGAGUUAUUAGCAGAAGGACGAGUAUUCCUGGACAUGCCAGCUCUUGCAGAUCGGAACAGCAUCCUAAUUAAGGAUACUUCCCAUGAAAACUCAUUGAUCUGCCAGCCACAGCAACGAAAUAUUCAUGGCAGAAUUUUUGGAGGCUUCUUGAUGCGCAAAGCUUUUGAGUUGGCUUUCUCCAAUGCUUACACCUUCGCUGGGGUUUCACCACGUUUUCUCGAAGUUGAUCGCGUCGAUUUUAUCAAACCAGUGGAUGUUGGAAAUUUCCUUCGUUUCAAGUCACGCGUAUUGUACACAGAAGCAACCAGUUCAGCUGAACCGCUGAUAAACAUCGAGGUUGUAGCUCAUGUUACAAGUCCAGAGCUCAGAUCCAGCGAAGUCUCCAACAGGUUUUACUUCACCUUCAGUGUGAGACCUGAGGCCAUGAAAGAUGGAUUGAAAAUAAGAAAUGUGGUUCCAGCAACAGAAGAAGAAGCUAGAAGAGUGAUCGAGCGCAUGGACGCAGAGAGACCCAUCUCAUUGCCUUGAUUGCCGCAUUUGAACAGUUGAUUUCGGUAAACAAGAGAAAACAUAGUCUGACUAAUAUAUGAAUAAGAAGCCAUUUAUGCAAAAUAGAUUCGUUUGAUCAUUCUUUCCCUCUGUGAUAGAUUAACGAUCUUCGACAAUAAGAGAGAAAGUCAAUGUAUAGCUUAACCUACACUAAUAAUUUGUUUUUUCAGGCUAUUUGAGUAUUUUCUAAUUAAAAAAAUCCUGUAAAAGAAAAG